GGCCACGAUGGAGAGCCACCUGGACACACCGUACAACGUUCCUGACGUGGUCGUCACCAUCGCCAACAACGACACCGACUUCGUCAUCAGGAUCUCAGACCGUGGGGGGGGGAUCCCUCACAGCAUCAUAGAGAAGGUGAUGGAUUAUCACUUCAGCACGGCAGAGGAGAGCGCUCAGGAGCUCAGCAACAACAACCUGUUCAACAACAUCACCAACAGUGGGAACCAGAGCAGCCCCAUGCACGGGUUUGGCUUCGGCCUCCCGACCUCCCGAGCGUACGCAGAGUAUCUGGGCGGCUCUCUCUCCCUCCAGUCCAUGCAGGGCAUCGGCACCGACGUGUACCUGCGCCUGCGCCACAUCGACGGGAAGGGCGAGAGCUACAGGGUCUAGGAACCCCUCUCUCUGGCCUCACACUGAUUAUAAGCUAUGUUAGCUCUCCCGUGUUGCCUCUCUGGGAAGUGCUGGGUGUUAGGGGAGGAAUAUACUGAGCAUGUAGAAGAAGGAAGGAAGAGCUUCAGUUUUACAGAAGUUCACUGAACGCCUCACACACUCCAGGAAACACACUCGACACACACGGUUUAUUCUAACAUCCGACUGUUCAUCGUCAGCAUUACGAUCGUCCCUCUGCUCAUAAACCUCAAACUGUAUUCUCUGAUUUAAGCUCGGAAAUAACAACUCAAUACUUUUACUGAAGUAUCGUUAAGAGUCUGUACCUGAGUAUUUCUACUGAAUGCUGCGUUAUACUCCAGAGAAACCUUUAACACAAAGCAUCUCUAAAGUGCAAACCAGUGGAGGAACUCUUAGAGGUCAAAAAACUACUAAUAAUUACCAAUAUUUUCGGCAGAAUCAGAACAUUUACUUCAGUGUGAUUUAAAAUCCAGGUAUCGUACUUGUCGUGGAGUAUUCUGACAUUAAUGUACGAGUACUUCUACUGAAGUAUCACUAAGAGUCUAUUCUACCUGAGUAUUUCUACCUAAUGCUACGUUGUACUCCAGAGAAAUCCUUUAACAUAAAGCAGCGCUAAAGAUGAAACUCUUAGAGGUCAAAAAACAGGAAUAAUUACCAAAUAUCGUGAUAUAUUUAAUAACACAUCACAUAUUACUUCAGUGUGAUUUAAAACCCAGGUGUUGUACUUGUAGUGGAGUAUUCUGACAUUCAUGUAGGAGUACUUUUACUUCAGUAAUCUGAAUACUUUCCUUGUUUUGCAGAUUUCUCUCUCGUUGCCUUUUAGGUCUCACUCAGCUUCGCUCGUUAAUAAUACAUUUCUUUUUGCACAUUGAGUAUAUGUCAGCCCUCGCACACCUUCAGAGUCACAGUCUACCAGCGAAGUGUUGUCUAAUAUCCAUUUUAUUAUUUACAAAGUGUUUAUGUUAAGUUUGCUGUUUUCUUUGGUUGUAUAAAGUCACAUUUCAAUGCGCUGUAACUGUAAGGUCCGUUAUCUUCAGAUCACAACCGGAUUAUGUCGGUUUUUCUUGUGUGAUUUCGCCCCUUUUUCUGCCUUUUCUGCCACUUGCAGUUUUUUCAUUUGUUUUUGGAGUUUGUCACAAUUUAUCGUACAAUUUGUGAAAACUUUCAAAAAAAGCUAUGAAAGUUGAUUUAAAACACAUUUUGACUCCAAAGUACUUAAAAAAGACCCUUAAAGUUUUUUAUUUUGAAGCAUUUUGCAUCACUAAUUUCAGCAAAUGAACGACUGUUUGGUGUUUUCCCCCUCGUUACGUCGCCUAAAACAUCUCCUUCAUCCAACUUGGUUAAAGUAGAGGUAUCGCUGAUGGCCACAAACACACCAUUUAUUUCAAACUUUAAAAAAAGUCUAAUCGCUGUUAAAAUGGUCCAAAAAAUGCACCCGGAAAUGAUUUGCAAAGCCUGUCCUUUCCUGCGUUUCCAGUCCAGAUACGAGUCGAUUAUUAAAGUACUGAAAAUGACAUUUAAACCGAUUUAAAACCCAAGCACUCCAUGUUUUGUUGAACAUUCCCCACCAGCCGUUAAGCAUCAGAAACGUUGAGUUAACGGGAGGGAAAAUGUAUGAAUUAUGUAAAUCAGACGUGGUUUUUACAACUUUAAGAGAGUUGAAGUGAUUAUAUGAUACUCCAUUUGUAUUUCUAAAGCUGUAUCUUAAAAGCUUCUCUUACAUUGUGUAAUUUACGUUGGGUUUUUGUGUCUUUUAAACAAUAAUAUAGAAAUCUGAUUUUCUUAACAAUGAAUGGUUAACUUCAGAUUUGCUCACACAUGUUAAAAUACAACAAAAAAUGAACCAAUCAGUGCAGGGCUCAUAUUGAUCUAAAGCGUCCGUACCUGCAGAGUUGAUGAAUUCAUGUGUAUUGAUGAAGGUUUUUGAAGACGUAGUGUAUUAAAGUAGUUUUGCAUGUGAAGCAAAGAUAAUACAGAUUAAAUGAUUGUGCCCCUUCGCCAUGUUGGGUUGUAGCAUGAACUGAGUGCAGACUGCCCCCUGCUGGCCUGAAAGUACAGUGCAGGCAGACUGACAUUCAUUAUCUAGGAGGGGGGGGGGGGGAUAUGAAGUGCAUCUUUUAGGGUUUUUUCACGGGAUGUACGACGUGUCAUUUCUAUUUUCUGCUUUUGUAAUUUUUUCAGGUAGAAAUGAGAACAGAAAUGAUUUCGAUGGUUUGUCUCGUCGACUGAAACCAGUUUGUUUUCUGUAGACAUUAAACUUUACUUGGUUUGAACUUUAA